AUCCAGCCGCUUUGUAAUUGGAUGCUAAAAACCGAAAUCUGUCUCAAAAUUUCAGUUUGUAUUUAAAAUCCAGGGUUUAAAGGCGGGAUCCUCGAAAAAUCAAAAUCCCAGAUACAAACCCUAAAAUGUCCUCCUUCGUCGAUGAAUUUCAAGCCAAUCUGGAAGCGCUUCCCAAUAUUCUGCAAAAGAAGUACUCAUUGUUGCGUGAUCUGGACAAAAGUUUGCAGGAGAUUCAACGCCAAAAUGAACAACGAUGCGAACAAGAAAUAGAGGACAUUAAGCGAGGAGUUAAGGCUGGAAACAUUACACCAAAUACUUCACUUAUCAGAUUCUCAGACGAGGCACUUGAUGAGCAAAAGCAUAGCAUCAGGAUUGCAGAUGAAAAGAUGGCAUUGGCUGUCCAAGCAUAUGAUUUGGUAGAUGCACACAUUCAACAACUUGAUCAAUUUCUGAAGUUAUGUGACGAAGACAAUCGGCGUGAAAGAGAUACUGCUGCUGCUGCUCCGGCAUUGCUUGCUUCAAGUCUUGAUGGCGGUACAAAGUCUGGAAGGGGUAGUGAGAGUGGUAGAGGAGGGCGUAAAAAAACACGCCUUGUUGCUGCAGAAGAAGCAACAGAGACAGAGUUGGCAGUGGCGACAACAUUUGCAAAUACUACCGGUAUGCAACUAGAUUUGCCAGUGGAUCCGAAUGAACCGACUUACUGUUUCUGCAAUCAAGUUAGCUACGGGGACAUGAUUGCAUGUGACAACCCCGAUUGCAAGAUAGAAUGGUUCCAUUUUGGUUGUGUUGGAUUGAAAGAAAAAGUAAAAGGAAAAUGGUAUUGCUCUGAUUGUGCCCCUUUGAAAAAUCGUCGCAGAGGUAGAUAAUGUGUUGUUAGGUUCAUGUAUGUGUAAAAUUAUGGCAUGAAAUUUGAGAUUUUAUGGGCUGCCUAUUACCUAAAUUCUGCUCAGUGCUUGUUUUAUGAAUCGUUUUGCUUUAUGCAUAUGUACAACCAUAACAUGCAAUUUGAGAUUCUAUAGCAAUCUGUAUUGUAAAUAAAUCCAUCUGUGUAUUAAUUUCAAUUUAAUAAGAUUCUAUUUUUCUUA